CAAUAAGAGAAUAGGAUUAUCGUUUGUUAUUAAGUUAACCUCGCAUUAAUUUAGUAAACUAUUUUAAAAUGUAAUUUAUUAACGUUUUAAAGUGUUUUUAUUCCCUAUUAUCAAAUUUUUUAUCGAACAAAGAAUUUGAGACAGGUUAAAAGAAUUUGGAAGUUAUGACUGAAAAAUUGCUUUGGUGGAUGAAAACAAAGCCUGUUACUGAAGCUGCUGUCGAAAAAGGGCAAGAUGGUGGAGCUCCACUAACUCCACAACAAGUUUCUGAAAUUUCAAAUACAUUAGUAGAGUUUCUUGAAAAAGAACAGAAGUUUGUUAAUGAAGAUGAUUCUGAAACAGAUAUAGGUAGCAUUAUAGAAGAGAUAAAUAGAAUAGCCGCCCAAAGUCCCUUAGGACCUUUUGAGAAAGAAAUAGGUGACCGUAGUAUAGAAGACAUUAUAAAGGAAGCAGAAAAAAUAUAUUUAGACAGUUCAAAGAGCUUUGAACAGUUAAAUUCUCGUUCAAAUAAUUUGAAGCUCACUGCUCUGUCUGUAACCCCUACAGCCACUCCUAAAGGUAUUAGCCCUUUACCUUUGGAUGAUUCACAAAAUAAGGAAGAAAUUGUAGACAGCCAAGAUGAUACAUACAGUGAGGAUUUUUCUCAUGAAAAUACUGAAACUGUUUCUAGUCCAUCUGUUGAAAAUUGUAACAUAAAAUUGAGCAGUUCUGAAAGUAGCAAUUCCAGCCAAGAAGUUAAGGAAGCAAGGCCCAAUGAGAAAACUGAAGGAACAGCUAAGGCAGAAGAACAAAAAUUAGAAAAUACUUCAGAAAUGAAUUUGAAUGAAAUGGCAAAUCCUAAUAAAAUGGAUAGUGAUAACAACACAAGUGGAAAAUUAUUAACCAAGGAUAUUGAUGCUGAAAAUAUACAGAAGAAAGAAGAAAAUGAGUAUUUCAAUCUAGGACCUCAACACUUUUUGUCUGAAAUUAGAAGAAUCGAGAAUGAGAUAAAUAAAAAAGAAGAAAUUAUAGACUUUCUGCAUAGUGAAAAUAAGAAACUAAAGGAAGAAAUUGAAUCUGUUAGAGUUUGUUUGAGGGAAACAACUUUAGCUCUUGAAAAGACAAAAUCAUUGCUUAACAGUCAAAAUACUUCUAAUUCAUCUGAAGCUAAUAUUGAGAAGAUUUUAGAAGAAUUGAAGGAUGCCAAAGAAAUUAACACUGCCCUACAACUACAACUAGAAAAUGCAACUAAAACCCAUAACAGUUUAAAAUUAAAUUACGAUGAUGUAAUCUCAGCGAAUAAACUUCUUGAAAAACGAGCCUCUGAAGCCGAAGAACUUCUUUUCAAAUACAAGACUGAGCUGCUAAACUUACAAAAACAUCGCGACCGUUUGAUCGAGAGCGAAACGAAUUUAAAUCAGUUACUUGAAGUAGAAAGAAUCCAAAAUAAAACGUUAAAAACUCAAAACGAAAAAGAUGCCAAAUGUAUUCAAGACCUUAACAGGCAAAUUAAAGAAAUGGAGAGAAUCAUAGCUAGAAAACAUCCUGAUAGUGUGUCAGCAUUGAUAGUGGCCGCCAAAAACGAUCAUACAGAGUCAAAUUUAACAGCAAGAAAAGUACUAGAAGAUCGCAUCAUUUCUCUAGAGAGCGAAGUCUCCAAAAGAGAUUAUCAAUCGUCGAUGCUGUUUCUCGAGAUUCAAGAAAAGUUCAACCAAAUGAAAGCUAAAUAUGAAAGCCACAUCGAAGACUUGGAACUUCACGUUUCUGAUCUCAAAAAUCAACUCAAACGAAAGGCUGACUGUUUUGAUAUGUACACACAAACUUUUUUAGACGAACAAAAAAUCCCUGAAAAAGAAACAAAAAACAUAGGAGUCCAGACAGAUUAUAAUAAGACUGCUUCGAUGCAGAUAGUCCAGAAAACGGGGACUACCAAACGCACUAACGAUAGGCAUAAUGAACCCAAAGAAGAAACACAUCUUCUGGCCACCAUUCGUGGAUUACAAACGGAUGUCCUAAAUAAAGAGAGGGCAAUAAUUAAAUUAAACAAAGAAAUUGAGGAGCUUAAGAAAACAAACAGAAGGUUGCAAAAAGAGAGGGAAGGCAGUUUGAAAAACUUGGCAGAGAGGCGUGAAUUUAGAAGUUAUCCAGAGAAAUUGGCCGUCCAAGUUAGAUCUAAUUCGUCAACAACCGAUUUGUUAGAGGAAGAGCUUAGAAACGUCAAAAAUGAAAGGGACAAGAUGAGACAGCAGUUAUACAAGAUAGAAGAAGACUACCAGAGCUUAAAGGAGAAAAGGCUUCAAGAUCUGACAACUUUGCAAGAGGCCCAUGAACGCGAAAUAUCAACCUACCUAGCCAAUAUUUCUCCACUACAAGAGCAACUUGAGGUUCAACAAGUAACAAUUAAUUCGUUACAAAAUCAGUUGAAAUCUACUAAGGAGGAACUUGCUGUUAUGUCGGUCGAAAGGGAUCACCUUUACCUUCGUUUAAGCAGUAAUAGUACUGAUCCCUUUACAGUUGGUUAUCAUCAUGGUGAUGGUGAUAAAGCAGAACUGACGCUACCAAAUAAGAUUUCUUUCUUGGAAAAAACUCACAUUGAAAGAGAGCAGAGAUUGCGAGCCAUAAUACUAGGAUUGGCACAGAAAAAUGUAAUGAACAUAAACUGCGAGCAGUGUGCAGCCCGACAGAAGCAGUUAAUUAUGUAUAAAAACGAAUUAGAUCAGUUGAUGAUUACGUUGAGAGCUUUAAAUUAAUACUAUUACAUUAUUUUACUAUUAUUACAGGUAAUCAAAUAUAUAGCCAGUCAUCAUUCCGCCAAAUAAAUUCGUCCUAAAUAGAAAUUGUGAUAUUUUAAAUUAAUUUUUUCAAAUUUUUUAGAUCUAGAUUUAUCGGUUGUAUUUUGAUAUAACAAUAAGUAGUUU